GCUUUUUCUACCUCAUUCUCUCGUUUGUUAUUCGUUCGUUACUGUCUGGACUGGUUCCGACUUCCACUCUUUGAAAACUAUCAAAAACAUAUCACCUUUUCAACCAAUUUCAAGUAUAUAUAAAUCGUCAAGAUGAAGUUCUUUGGCAUUCUCAACCUCGUCGCGCUCGUCAGCGCCGUUCCCACCCCCACCAUCAAGGAUGAGGCUGGCAACGUCGUCCUCGCCAAGCGUGCCUCCAUCACUGAGAGCUGCAACAUCGGUUACGCCUCUCAAAACGGCGGCACCACUGGUGGAAACGGCGGCUCUGUGACCACCGUCUCCUCCCUUGCUCAGUUCAGCGCUGCCGCUGAGUCCACUGGCAAGCAGGUCAUCUACGUCAAGGGCACCAUCACUGGCGCUGUCAAGAUCCGCGUCAAGUCUGACAAGACCAUUGUCGGUGCUGCCGGUGCCACCCUCAACGGUGUCGGUCUGUACAUCAACAAGCAGAAGAACGUCAUUGUUCGCAACCUUGCCAUCAAGAACGUCAAGGCCAGCAGCGGUGACGCCAUCGGCAUCCAGGCCUCCACCAACGUCUGGGUCGACCACUGCGACCUCUCCUCCAACAAGGACAACGGCAAGGACUACUAUGAUGGUCUCCUCGACGUCACCCACGCUUCCGACUUCAUCACCGUCUCCAACACCUUCAUCCACGACCACUACAAGGCCUCGCUUGUCGGCCACUCUGACAGCAACUCCAAGGAGGACACUGGCAAGCUCCACGUCACCUACGCCAACAACUACUGGUACAACGUCAACUCGCGUGCCCCCUCUGUCCGAUUCGGCACCGUCCACAUCUACAACAACUACUACCUUGACAUUGGUGCUACUGGUGUCAACUCUCGCAUGGGUGCCAACGUCCUCGUCGAGUCCACCACCUUCGAGAACGCCAAGACUGCCCUCACCUCGGUCGACUCCAAGACCACUGGCAAGAUCACCGCCAAGGACGUUGCCCUGGGUGGUGCUGCUUCCAACGCUCCCGCUGGCUCCAUGUCCAGCUCCGACAUCCCCUACAAGUACACUCUUGUCGGCAGCGGCAAGGCCAAGAGCGCCGUCUACGGCACUGCUGGCCAGACCCUCAAGCUCUAAGCGACCAACCAUUAGCCCAUGCCGAUGGAAUGGCUAUAAUUUCAAUGAGGCCCGUCUCACUUUGUAGUGUACAUAUUUACUUGAUAGCUCAACUUCUUGGUUGGACUUGUCUAUAAUAGAAAGCAUUGGCCGAAAA